AUGCAGGGGAUGAAGUGGUUUGGCAGGAUGUCCCUCAGCAGCAAAAGGAGUAAGAGGAGGAGUAGAAGGAGCAGCAGUUGUGGCGCCGGUGGUGAUAGUGUGCUGCUGUCCCUGGCUCUCCUGGUGGCGGUGACCCUGAUCGCAGACCCCGCGGCAGCUCAAAAGCAGCGGUCCGGCGGCUCGGAAAAAGUGCCGGUCCUGAACAUUGCGGUCAUCUUGGGGCGCACGCGCUACAUCUCAGACCGGGACAUCCGGGCGCUGUGGAGCAAGGAGGACCCCAUAGAUGUCAACGUGGUCACACUGCUGGUCAACGAGACCGACCCGAAAAGCAUCAUCACCCACAUGUGCGACCUGAUGUCCGGGACCAAGAUCCACGGCGUGGUGUUUGGGGAUGGCACCGACCAGGAAGCCAUCGCCCAGAUUUUGGAUUUUAUUUCCUCGCAGACGCUCAUACCCAUCCUGGGCAUCCACGGAGGGUCGUCCAUGAUCAUGGCUGACAAGGACGUGAAGUCGACAUUCUUCCAGUUCGGCGCCUCUAUCCAGCAGGAGGCCCUGCUGAUGCUGAACAUCAUGGAGGAGUACGACUGGCACAUCUUCUCUAUUGUCACGUCAAAGUUCCCCGGCUACCAGGAGUUCAUCAAUAUCCUAAAAACUACCGUGGACAACAGUUUUGUGGGCUGGGACCUGCAGAACAUCAUCAUUCUGGACGCCGUGGAGGAAGACAGCCGCUCGCAGAUCAUGCUCAAGAAGGUCCAGUCCCCGGUGGUCCUGCUCUACUGCUCCAAGGACGAGGCGGUCUACAUCCUGGAGGAGGCCCGCUCCCUGGGCCUCACCGGAUUCGGAUACAUCUGGAUCGUGCCCUCGCUCACCACCGGCAACCCGGAGAUAACGCCCGACGAGUUCCCACCAGGGAUGAUUUCGGUGUCGUACGACGACUGGGACUACCCGCUGGAGGCGCGAGUUCGGGACGGCCUGGGGAUCAUAACAUCGGCGGCAGCGGCCAUGUUGGAGGAGUAUGGCGACAUCCCCGAAGCCAAGACGUCCUGUUAUGGCCAGAUGGAGAAGACAACCAAGCUGCCUCCCAGUGCGCUACACAAGUACAUGAUGAAUGUGACGUGGGAUGGCAGAGACUUGUCAUUCACAGAAGACGGCUACCAGGAGAACCCAAAGCUGGUGGUCAUUGUUCUCAACAAGGACAGAGAGUGGGAGAAGAUGGGAAGAUUGGACAACCGCAGCCUGACACUGAAGUACCCAGUGUGGCCGCGCUUCAACUCUUUCGGUGACGCGGAGCUGGACGACAAUCAUUUGUCCAUCGUCACUCUGGAGGAGAAACCUUUUGUCAUUGUGGAGGACGUCGAGAGGCUCACUGGUACCUGCAUGAGGAACUCUGUGCCCUGCAGGAAGCAUGUCAAAGACAACACAACAGAGGCUGGUGGGACGUACAUCAAGAAGUGCUGCAAAGGCUUCUGCAUCGACAUUCUGAAGAAGAUUGCAAAGUAUGUCAAGUUCACCUAUGACCUGUACCUGGUAACCAAUGGCAAGCAUGGCAAGAAGAUCAACAACGUCUGGAAUGGGAUGGUGGGAGAGGUGGUCUAUAAGAAAGCCGUCAUGGCCGUCGGAUCUCUGACGAUCAAUGAGGAGCGUUCUGAGGUCAUCGAUUUCUCCGUCCCGUUCGUGGAAACCGGGAUCAGCGUCAUGGUCUCCCGUAGCAACGGCACCGUUUCCCCGUCAGCCUUUCUCGAGCCAUUCAGUGCAUCAGUGUGGGUGAUGAUGUUUGUGAUGCUCCUACUGGUGACUGCAAUGGCUGUCUUCAUGUUUGAGUACAUCAGUCCUCUUGGCUUUAACAGAAACCUGGCGCAGGGAAGAGACCCCCACGGACCUUCCUUCACCAUGGGCAAGGCCGUGUGGCUGCUGUGGGGUCUCGUCUUCAACAACUCUGUGCCGGUGCAGAACCCGAAAGGAACCACCAGUAAGUUCAUAGUGUCUGUGUGGGCCUUCUUCGCUGUCAUCUUCCUGGCCUCCUACACUGCCAACCUGGCCGCCUUCAUGAUCCAGGAGGAGUUCGUCGACCAAGUCACCGGUCUCUCCGACAACAAGUUUCAGAACCCAUACGCAUACUCGCCUCCGUUCCGCUUCGGGACGGUUCCGAACGGAUCCACGGAGAGGAACAUCAGGAGGAACUACCCCGCCAUGCACCAGUAUAUGACGAAAUAUCAUCAAACUGGAGUCGUGGAUGCGCUUGUCCAGCUCAAAACGGGUAAACUCGACGCCUUCAUCUAUGAUGCUGCAGUGUUGAACUACAUGGCCGGCAGAGAUGAGGGAUGUAAGCUGGUGACCAUUGGCAGCGGGUACAUCUUCGCAACCACCGGCUACGGCAUCGCUCUGCAGAAAGGCUCCUACUGGAAGCGACAGGUGGACCUGGCCAUCCUGGCCAUCAUCGGAGACGGUGAAAUGGAGGAACUCGAAGCCCAGUGGCUGACAGGUAUUUGCCACAACGAGAAGAAUGAGGUGAUGUCCAGUCAGCUGGAUAUCGACAACAUGGCUGGAGUCUUCUACAUGCUGGCCACGGCCAUGGGGCUGUCCCUCAUCACCUUCGUCUCUGAGCAUCUCUUCUACUGGAGGCUCAGAUACUGCUUCACCGGGGUCUGCACGGGCAAGCCGGGUCUUCUUUUCUCCAUCAGUCGGGGAAUCUGGAGUUGCAUCCAUGGAGUACAUAUUGACAUGAAGAAAAAAACAGAUCUGGACUUCAGCCCCCAAGACAAAAUGCUUAAGCUCAUUAAGUCAGCUAAACAGAUGACCAACAUGUCUAACCUAAGUGGCUCCCGCAUGAACUCACCCAAACGCGAGUUCAUGCACUCAGCUGGCCCCAUGAUCAUGGACAUGAUGGCAGAGAAGGGCAACUUCAUCUAUGCUGACAACCGAAGCUAUGCUCCCAAAGAUAUGAUCUACGGGGACACUGGUGACCUGCAGUCUUACCUUGCUAACCGCCACAAAGACCACCUUAACAACUACAUCUUCCAAGGUGGCCAGCAUCCUCUAACUCUGAAUGAUGCCAAUCCGAACACAGUUGAGGUGGCGGUGAAUGCUGACUCGGUCCAGACCAAUGCCAAGCCGCCCAGGACCCUGUGGAAGAAGUCAGUGGACACACUCCGUUCUGUUCCACCUGGGCCUCCUCCGAUGCCUGACAUGCUAAUGCCAGACCCACGAAUGUCGAUGAAGACACAGCGCUACCUCCCUGAGGAUACAGCCCACUCUGACAUCUCCGACUGUUCCAGCAGGGCACCCUCCUACAAGGACCCAGAAAACAACAAGCACCUGAAGCCCAAGGACAACUUAAAAAAAAGAUCGGUGACGUCAAAAUACCCAAGGGAUUGCAGUGAGGUGGAACUGUCCUACUUAAAGACUAAGCAGGUCACCGGAGGAACCAACCAAACCGGGAGAGGAGGAGGAGGAGAGAAAAUCUACACCAUUGACUCAGACCGAGAGCUGAGCCUGCAUUCAGACCCCGUUCACUACCGCGAAAGUCGAGGCCUUGCUGCAGAUGAUUUGGAUUACCCCGAGAUCUACUCCGACCACAGUGACAACUAUCGGAAGUGUGAGCAGCCCAUCAUUCAUCUGAACUCCUCUCCUUUGCAUCACACCGACUCAGAUCUUCUGCCAGACCCGACUUACUCUAAACACUACAGCCUGAAAGAGAAAAAUCUGUCCCCACAUGAAUCCAUUGAUCGCUACAAACAGACGCACUGUCGUUCCUGCUUGUCCAAAGUGGCCGCUAGCUACCCACCGGGAGGGCCAUACAGUGCUACUGUAUCUGCUCCCUCAACUUCUGCCACACGCUCACCAUAUAAUCGGUGUGAAGCAUGCCUACACCAAGCCAACCUGUAUGAUAUUACUGAGGACCAGCUCCUUGCCGACCCCUUGGUCAGUCCCACCCUGCACCACCAACAGCAGCAGCAACCAGACGAAAUGUUUGGUCUGUAUUGGCCACAGACAGAUGGGCCACAUGUCCAAAAGAGAAACCGCUUGAGGCUGAGUCGUCAGCACUCCUUUGACAACAUCAUGCUAGAAAAGCCCAAGGAUGUAGACCUGGGCCGACCGGCGCGCAGCGUCAGCCUCAAGGAGAAGGACCGCUUCCUGGACUCCGCAUCUGACUCGCACUAUGCGAACCUCUUCGGCAUGCGUCCCUAUUCCGGCAGACUGUUUGGUACCGGCUCCAAAUCAAUGCUGUUCAACCACAACCUGGAGGAGAGCAAGAGGAGCAAGUCCCUGUACCCAGCCCAUGGCUCGGAUAAUCCUUUCCUCAGCCAUUCGCUGAGGGAUGACACCAGCAGCAGACUGGUCCAUGGGCGUAGCUCCUCUGAUAUUUACAAACAGCUGGCAGUGGCCUCACCUGCAGCGGUCCUCGGAGCGCCCCCCAUCAAAACACGCAAUGAUGCGAACAAUCUCCGCUCAUCUGUCAAAUCCACCACUUCAUACUGCUCACGGGAUGGGCGGAUAGCCAAUGACAUGUACAAUAAAGAGCAUGUGAUGCCUUACUCAGUCAAUAAGACUAGUGCAUACCCAGCCCCACGAGGUGUCCUAAACUCAGCCCAGUUCAGCAAUAGACGGGUGUAUAAAAAAAUCCCCAGUCUGGAGUCAGAUGUUUAGUUUAAGAAAUAAUGUGUUCUCUCCUCUUUACUCCUCUCUGGGUUUGUAUUAUAAUUUAUCAACUAUGUUAUCCACCAAGGGAUGCCAUAGCCACACUACUUUUUUCUUCUUCUCUUCGACAUUGUAAUCCAAAAGAACUCGUGCCCUCUUGGGUGUGAUGGUACUACUACUACUACUCUCUUUGCAGAUGAUAUCAUCAUAUUUGUCCAUUCUCUGCCAUGUACCAGUGAGUUGGCUGCAUGGCUGGCACGUUGCCGUAAGGUAUCCUGGUGGAAAAGGGAUGGGAAUCAGUAACCCCUUAGGUGUUACGCAGGGGUAUGAAGUGGCAUAGUCCCAUUAGUGGGGCAGAGAAGGCCUAAGUUGCAGUAAAGGAGGACUCUUACAAGCAUUGUUAAAAGAGAGGUUUAUUUGUUUGAGGGUGUGGUGAGAAGGAUUGGAGAAAUUAAAUGAGAAGGGAAUUAAAGGGACAGAGAGAGGAGAUAACCUCUCUUUCAACCCCUUCUCCUUUUUCCUUUCCACCUCCACUGUCAGGCUCGGGGGUUGUUAGUUGAAGAGAACAGGACUGACAGGGAGACCAGAUGGGCACGUUUGAUGUCACGGCCAGACAUGAAGGCGUCCCAGGAGGGCAGAGGCGUCACAGUGAGCUAGUCCAACGGUCUGCUGCUUGUUACUCUGACAAAUAUGGCCACCGAGACACCUGGCAGUGCAAGAGGAGAGAGAGGGAGGAAGGAGAUGAGAGACUAAAUGGCAACAGAGUGGAGCCUCUAGUACUUACGGGCGGUUAGGUAUUGUCUGCUUGGUAAAAACCUCGUAGAGACAUGAUAGUGAUAAGAAGCUGAGAGUAAUGUAGGUGCUAUCAAUGAAUAAUGUUUACAGACUGACAGAUAAAAAAAAAGACUGACAAAAAUGACUGAUGGAAAAGGACAGACAAGCAGGGAAAACCUGAGGCAAUUGAAGGGCAUUUCAUCUGUGACGCUGCACAUAGAAAAAUAAUUGCAAAGUAUUGCUUUUUUAUUCUAUUAAACUAUAAGAUUUAUUAGGGAUUCUGGCAUCCGGAUCCCCCUAUGUAGGAUUUUAGUGUUUGCUUAUUUGGUAGUACAAUAGCCAUUAGUUUUUAAAGACCUCUCCCACAUUUGCUUUUGAAAAAAGCAUAGCUUUCUGAAAAUUACCAUCAAGAGUAGUAGAUUAUUUUGCAUGUGUUGAUUUUUUUCAGUGUCGGAGAAGACAAAAAUACACACAAAUACACUCUCAGACACAUAUUUUACAUGUUUUUUGAAAAGGGACUAUGUCUUGCCAGAUAUGUCGGAUGGAUACUUGUACAAUCGAACCUUUACCCUUGAACCUUUGUGCUUAGUAAAUCAGUGUCAUGCUGUGGCUCUCGCAGCUAAAGAGCAAGGAAAUGUUGGAAGGGAAGAGAGCAAAGAGGGGAUAAACAAGGGAGAAAAGGAUGAAAUGACAAUUGUGUCCACUGCCACCUUGUCUGAGGGGCUGGAUGCUGAUGUGUUUUGCCUUUUGACCUCCCUGCCACUGAGAAACAGGGUAUUAGCUAUAAAAAAAAAAAAAAAAAAAACCUGAAGAUUCCUUCCUUCUUUCCUCCAUUCUUGUUCCUCCCUUCCUCCAUCAACAUGACACAUCACUGGAGUGUUGGAUAACUAUAGAAUUACUUCACCUUAUUAGCGGUCAGUUUUUGUGAAUUGAACUGUGGUUGUAUGGUUGGUACAGCAGUAGCAGAGCUACACAGUGUCUGACCACUGCAGCUGGGGAUUGGGUUAACAAUUACUGAUCAUCAGCUAAUGUUGAUCCGUAAUCAACCAGGGCUCUUGAGGAUCUGAAGACUACUUGAAGAUGGAUCCCUUGUUUACUUUCAUUGUGUUGUUUGGGUGCGAAGGGGUGGGUGGUUCAAGAUGAAGAGGGACGGAGCCAAAGGCUCCACUGUUAUGUGCUCAUCAAUCAUGUGUCCAUCUUAGUGUGGAGUAAGUUGUGUGUGUGCAUGGCAGAAUUUGGGUAAGCUUGAAGUCUUAACCAGAAUAUUUGGUUCCUAAUCUGAUUGUGUAUGCAUCUGUUUGUUUUAUUUGUUUGUUUGUUCUUUGAUAUAACACUUAGCAGAAAAAGACUUGCACAUGCACAUUCUUCCUUGUUACAUACGUGCCCACAAAAAAAACACUUUUUUUUUGUAGCGUCAAUGCUGUACAAAUUGUACAGUCAAAAGAAAAAUCAUGUAUCCAUCUUUACUGACUGAUUGAUUUGCUUGAUUGAUUGGAUUCACAAAGCCAAAUUGUAUCAAAUAAAAUACCUCAGGAUGAUUCUGUGCGUUUUGGGGGAGCUUCAACCGUAGCAACAGAACACAGAGAUUUCUUUUGUAGAAAAAAAAAGAAAAAGAAAAAAAAAAAACAAAGUAAAUCAAACAACACAAUUUAUAGUGGCCGCAAUGCAGAAUCAAACUCUUCUCCUUAUGAUGUUUACCAGUCCUAGGUCUUCCAGUUCGGCUCUUUGCCCGAGCUAAUGCAACCCAAGUAAAGAGAAAAGAAGAGGAAGAGAAGGAGGGAAAGGAGGGAUGACAGUAAAGGGGCUUAGAUCGUUUCGCUCAGUGAGGAGUGCAUUGUGUGCAGCCGUGCUCCUUGCCAAACUGAGCACCCUUAAAAGAACGGAGGAUGUUGCUUAAACGUCCAAAAUCUGGAAAAGCCUCAUAUGGAAUACUCUCUCUCUUUCCUCUCCAUGGUUUUUAACGACAGUCGACUGCAUUAGCCACUGUGUUUCAAUUGAAGCUCCAUCUUUAACAACCACGGUCAUAUCGCCCUUUUGUACUCUUGGAAUACUGCGGUGAACCUCUCCUCGCUCCCCAAUCAGCUUACCCGAUGUUGACCGACGAGCAACAUUUGUCUUCUUUUGCAUCCUUAUCUGCAUAUUUAUUAUUAUUAUUAUUAUCAUAUUUAUCUUCCACAUGCUGCUUGCGUGAGCUGACAAGUGAACAAUAUGCACAUGUAAAAAAAAUAUCAGACAGCACCCUCGCAUUUUACGAACUCAUGACGAUUUGUUCUAUUUGUUCGACUUUUUACAGAACUGUCAUGUAAACUGAUGCUGUUUUAUGUUCAGACACACACGCACACACACCCGCACACACACGAAAAACACACACUCAGACACACCCUUGUGAUGACAACCCUGCUCUUUUUAAUGACAAAAAUGUAUUUUAAUUACAUUUAAUGAUAAAUAAUGAGGUGAUGGCAUGCAACCCCAGAUGUAACAAUUUUAAUGUUUUAUGUUUUCUUUUUCUGUUAGUUCUUUCUGUUAUGAUGUUAUGAUCACUAAUGCGUUGUAACCAGGUGUGAGUAUAUACAUAUUUGAGAGAAAAAAAAGAAAAAAAAAACAACAAACUCCUAUGUUUAACACGAUGAAGAUGCUGCUGCUUGUUUUGGGGGAGAAGGCGAGAACCUGACCCUUGUGCAAACUUCCCAU